GCCUGAGAUAGUUAUGGAGCUCAAACCAACAGUCGCUUUGAGGGCUCUCCUUGCAGGUGGCAUAGCUAUUUUUGCCAAGGUGGGUGGGGCAAUGAAGGCCGCAGGUAGUGUCAAGGUGGGUGCAGCAGCGGCUGCGAUGUCUGCUGCUGCAACUGCAGCCAUGUCAGGAACCAAACGAGAAGAAAAGGACACUAACAAAGAGGCAACAAAGUGAAGCCUAUGUUGCUUCGGCCUCCCUUUCGGUCAUGGGGACUGAAUGAGCCGCAUGUUUGCAGGAAUUAUCAUGCUGACUGAGAAUUUUUGUGCAAUACAGUUUCACCGUUGGUGGAUCAAUGGAUUUGAAGUUAGAUCUUUGAGCAAGAAAACUUUUUUAAUUUCAGUUUUGCUCGCUGGUUUCAGGCCAAGCCUUGUCAACCUGGCCACUUUGUCAUAAUGUAAAAUUUACAAUAAAAAGGCUGCACUUCCAUGUUGUUUUACCUCAGAUUUUCAGUUUCUCCUUC